UCGCAGUUGAAAAGCCAACUCAAAUGUUUAAUGAAAACGCAUGAGAACUGAAUAGAAAAUAAAACGUCGAACGCUUUAACGUUUCACAUUGAGUCUCUCGCCAAAUAUUCCGGACAUUGCGAGUUGCGGCGACCGAUCUCGAUGUCUCCGCAAUUAGAUAAUGCUUAAGUUACCAAAGGGCUUAAAAAAGAAAAAGAAGAAGUCAAAAAAGGACCAGGAACUCUUCACCGAAGAGGAGCUCGAACAGUACAAGCGGGAGCUCAAAGCGAAACAGGAGGCUGCCGCCAACAAAUCAGACGCUGGCGAAUCGGACGCAGCAUCGGACGUCGAGGGCGCAGCAGCCACAUCCGCAUCGACACACGCAUCAGGCUUUGCAUCAACAGCCAGCCACGAGCAUCAGCAGCAUCAGCAACAGCAGCAGGACCAGAGCGCUGACGCUGGCGACGAAGAAUGGGCCAAGUUUAAGGCGUUAACAUCCGGUGUCGAUAACAUAUUACACAAGACACAGGACGAGCUAGAUCGCAUCAAGAAGGAGUCCUUCUAUCAGCGCCUGCCCUCGGCAGCAGAAAAGAAGAGGCAAGAGGAGGAGGAGGCCGCAAGACGCGAGCAGGAGAGACUCGAGCGCGAACGCCAGCUAGAGGCCGAACGUGAGGCGAAUCGUGACAAGCUAGCGGAGGCCGUUGUUCAGCUAUCCGAUUCGGAGGACGAGCAGCAGGACGACGUCGAUGACAUCUUUGCCACCGACUACAUUGAGGCAAUUACCAGCGGAGAGGUGCAACUAGCUAUUGUACCCGAUUCGCCAGUGCUCGAACUAGACGACGGACCCGAUCCCUUUGACACCGCCUACGCGGAGAAGGUCAUUGUUGGCGCCGACAAGGCCAAGGGCAACAAGAAGCUCGUCAGCCUUGGCGCCGCCGUUGAGGUGCUCUCUGGCCGCGUCGACCGUGAGCACGCUCUCGCCUUAGCCAAUCCGAAGCGUAAGCUACGCAAAGGCAUUCAAAAUCUACUGCUCAGCGAAAGUGUUGAGGUAGCCGAUUCGGACGUCGAUCUCAUAACAGCCGAGCCCCAGCACACUCUGCUCGACGAUCUCGUCGAUGACGUACCCGAAUGUGUGGCGCCCAUUGAUCUGAGCGUUUCGCUGCAUUUGAACUUUAUCAAGCCCCAAAAGGUCGAGGAGGAGGACGAGGAAGCCGACGGCAACGCACUCAAUCCGGAUCUAUCCGAGUUUGAUACGCUCAAGGACGACGAGGACGACGAGUUUGCCGAACUAGCAGCCGAGUCACUACACACCAAAAAAGAGGAGGUUAUCAUAGUUAAUAAGGUUGAGCUGCCCCCAGCGGAGCUACUUGCCGAAGCUGCAGCAGACGCCAGUUGGGCAGAGUUUGAGCCGGAGCCUGAGGAGGAAGCAUCAGGCAAACCGAAACGACCACCGCCACCGGUUCGCCCAGCCAGCGGGCCACACAUUGUGCCCGGCGCAAUCUACGUUAGCGACGACGAGGACGAGGCCAAUCCGGAGGACGAUCCGUUCAACACUUACUACGCGGAGCAGGUGAUCAAGAAGACAACUGUUCUUGAGGAGGACGACGAUUUCGAUCCGCGCGCCGAGGAACCAGCCGACGCCUCGUCUCACUUAGCGGCGCCUGGCCGAGAUCUCUUGGCCGGUAGUGCCACCGACUUAAGUAAGGUGGUGCCGGCGCCUCUUGCGCCCACGCUAAGUGUUGACAACCAGGAGGAAGACCAGGACUUUGAUCCAUUCGACACAUCGGCGGUAAACGCAAUCGUUCAGCCCAAGGCCACAGAGCUGAAAUUUUUGGAACGAGAGCUGCUCAACGAGACCGGUUCGAGCCUAAAGCACUCGCUUAGCGAUCCGGACUUUGAUCCGCGCGCCGACCAGCCAGAGGUAGCUGCAGAGUCAGUGCCACGCGAACAGAUUGCCGCACCGGAGCCGGAUUUCGAUAGUGCACGUCGCAAAUCGUCGCUGAGCCUCAAUAUACAGGGAAAGAGCGUGGGCUUUCUGGUGCCCUCGCAGGACUUGCUAGCCGCUGGUAAUGACGGUGGGCUGGGUGCCAAUAAGAAGCCGCUGACACCGUACUACCAGCCCAUUCAGGAGCGCGAAUCAGAGGAUCCGUUCGACACUUCGUAUGUGCCCGAGGCCAAGCUCACUGACAUUGAGCUGAAGCACAUUGAGGCCGAUUUGAUUACAGAGCCCACACUAAAGCAUAGUCUAUCGGAUCCGGACUUUGAUCCGCGCGCACCGCCGACGCCCGUGCCCGCCGAGGUGCUGCUGGCCGUCGAGGAGAACAUCAACAUCAAGGUACUGACGCCCGCACAGGAGCGCCGACAGCUGCCCAGUAACCCCCAGCAGGACGAGGAUUCGGAGGUCGAUCCAUUCGACACCUCGAUUGCAGCGAAUCUGCAGCCGGGUCAGACGGAACUGAAGCUCUUAGAGAACGAACUGCUGCCGGAGAGCACCAAGCAGCCGGUUACCGGAGUUCUCGACACACAGAGCGACGCACAGGAGUUGGGAUUGGGCGAUAAGGUGCUGACGCCGUCGCUGCCAAAUCGCACAACCGAGGAGUCUCUGGCGCAGCAACAGGAGAUCGAUCCAUUCGACACUUCCAUUGCAGAGAAUCUAGCACCGGGCGAAACCGAGAUCAAGCUGCUCGAGAGCGAGCUCAUCGAGCGCUAAGGCCUGGAAACACACACAACCAAA